UAAAAAUACUCGUAAUGAUAAAAGCAUGUCAUUUAUGUGAAUUAAAUAAGAAAAGUGUCCUGCAGCGCCUCCUCUGGCCGAUGUGUGACAUGUACGGCGCGCGUAAACUCGAAGCAAGGGCGUGCAAACUCUCUGCAGAGCUGCAGCAUGGAGGGUCGUAACAGUAAGGAGCCUGAGCAGCUCAGGAAGCUGUUUAUCGGUGGUCUCAGUUUUGAGACGACGGAGGACAGUUUACGAACUCACUUUGAGCAAUGGGGCAAACUCACAGACUGUGUGGUAAUGAGAGAUCCAGGUAACAAACGCUCACGCGGUUUCGGUUUCGUAACGUAUUCCUGCGUAGCCGAAGUGGAUGCGGCGAUGGCAGCGCGGCCACACAAAGUGGACGGCCGUGUGGUUGAGCCCAAACGUGCGGUUUCCAGAGAGGACUCUAAUAAACCAGGAGCCCAUAUAACAGUGAAGAAGAUAUUUGUCGGUGGAAUAAAGGAGGACACGGACGAGUAUCAUAUCAGAGAUUACUUUGAGCGCUAUGGAAAGAUCGAUUGUGUUGAUAUAAUGGAGGAGCGUUCGACAGGGAAAAAGAGAGGAUUCUGUUUCGUAACUUUUGAUGAUCACGAUACUGUAGACAAAAUUGUUGCACAAAAAUAUCACACAAUCAACUCGCAUAACUGUGAAGUAAGAAAAGCUCUUCCAAAGCAAGAGAUGCAGUCCGUCUCUAAUCAGAGAUUUCGUGGUGGUGGUGGUGGUGGAGGAGGUAAUUUCAUGGGCCGAGGAGGAAACUUUGGAGGUGACAACUUUGGCAGAGGAGGAUACGGAGGCGGCCGCGGUGGUUACGGAGGAGGAGAUGGAUACAAUGGAUUUGGUGGUAACUAUGGAGGCGGUCCUGGAUACGGAGGUGGCCGCGGGGGUUAUGGUGGAGGCCCUGGAUACGGUAACCAAGGCGGAGGAGGCUUUGGAGGAUACAAUAACUACAAUGAUGGAGGGAAUUUUGGAGGUAACUUUGGUGGUGGUGGUGGAGGAGGAGGAGGAGGGAAUUACAACGACUUUGGGAAUUAUGGAGGACAGCAGUCCAAUUACGGCCCCAUGAAGGGAAAUAACUUUGGAGGAAGAAACUCAGGUCCUUACGGAGGUGGAUAUGGAUCCGGUGGUGGAGGUUUUGGCUCCAGGCGAUAUUAACACACUUGACCCUGAUGACUAAAGAAGCUCCUGAUCUACUGUAAGUGGCCGAAUAUCUUUUAUGUCACGUUUUCAGCGGUGGUUCUGGAUGGGUAAGAUUGAUAAAUGGAAAAUAUAUGGAUUUGUCAAAGAUAUCCUACCACUUUUAAAGAGGAAUUGAGAUCAUUUUCUCUUCAUUUGUUCCAGUUACAGCUUGUGAAAGAAAACCUUGUGGGAUAAACAUUUCCAUUCAAAAUCAAAAGAAAAAAAAUAUUUUACAACACACAAAACUUUAUGAAAAUCUCUAUUUAGAAUGAAAACUCAAACGUUUGGAUGCAUUCAUGUUAAAAUGUCCACAUAAAAAUAUAUUUGACAUUUGUACACUUGUUAAAUUGUAAAGGUACAAAAGCAGUCACAGGGACAGUACCAUUUAAAAAUGUCUUGUUACCAAACACGAAUUCAAUGAUUUGUGUGAGUAGAUUACAUACAAAGUUAAUGCAAAGACGUGAAUAGAUGUGAACUCGCACGGGGUAAUGUGAAUCGAGUUGAAAUCGAGUGAAAAAUUCGCUUGACACAAAGUUAAAUCCAGCGAGCAAAUAAGAGCAGUUGUUCUCAAACUGGGGGCCCCAGUUUUAUGACAUUUUAUAAAAUACAUUAAUUUAUCAUGAAUUCUGUGUAAUUAAACCUAAAAAAAAAUAAGGGUACUAACCAACAGCACUACUUUGUAUAGUUUAAUAUAUUUUGUCUAAUUAAAAUGUUACGUUUCAGAACAAAAUUGUCAUAAAUUUUCUUUGGGGGGGGGCUGCAAAGGAAUGCACCGUACACAAGGGGGGCCGCACGCUGAAAAAGUUUUAGAACCACUGAAUUAGAGCGAGGAACAUCAUGCUUCGUACACAGCAUUAUGGGGCGUACACAUCAAAUGCGAAUUCAACGAUUUGCGCAAGUAGAUUACAUACAAAGUCAUAGAUACGAAUGCCGCAAAUCAGCACAAUUCCCACGAAAAUGCGCUAUUCGUCUCAAAUGCGUCUUUUGCGCGAAUUGAACUCGAGUGAAAAAUUAGCAUAACGCGAAGUUAAAUCCUGCGAGUAAAGCUGCAUUCGAACUGGCAGUAGCAGAGCGAUGCAAUCUCAUUGAUUCCAAUGGAGAUUUGCGACUUCCGGCAACAUGAGCGACAGUGACCGUUGGCGACUGGAUGGGGCGUGUCCAGUCACACGACAAAGUUGUGAAAUGUUUAACUUUAUGCUAAUUAUAAGCGACUUUCGAGAGCGACUACCAAUAAAAACGAAGCAGUGGAGUUUACGUCAUCCAUCUCUCAUCAUGGACGGUACAUAUUUGUUUAUGACAACCAGAUUUAGAAACGCCUCUUUUGAAAGAGACAAGCGACACACAGCGACAAGUCGCUUAUAAUGUAAAUGUACCUUAAUCUAGAGCAGGGGUUGCGAACGUCUGGAGAGGCGCAGUCCUUCAGAUUUUAGCUCCAACCCUGAUUAAACCUCACCUGCCUGUAGCUUUCUAGUAACUCUUUAGAUCUUGAUUAACCUGUUCAAGUGUGUUUGAUUAGAGCUGGAGCUAAACUGCUGGACUGCGGCUCUCCAGGACCCCACUCCUGAUCUAGAGUGAGGAACGCGAAGUAGAUUACAUGCAAAGUUAAUGCAAAGACGCGAAUAGACUUGAAACCGGGCAGAGCGAUUCGAAUGAUGCUAAAUGGGUGGCGCGAUUGCUGCGGAAACACACUAUUCGCUUCAUGUUUGGUGUGUACGCUAGGGAAGGAUCACACAGUGGCUUUUUUUAAAUAGUUUUCUAUGGGCAGUGAGCGUGCGUGGUGUUUAUUCACGCCGAACUUCGCGUUUUCUUCCCGCCACGCGUUUUUGCAGAAGCACUCUCAGUGGAAGAGUAAUGGUGCAUUCCCACCAGCAGCGGUAGAGGCGGCAAAAACGCGCUAUUUGUGCGUAGUUGGAUGCUUGAACAUUUGAGUUCACUCGCUUCAUUUGCGCGUGAAAUUCUAGUCAUUCGAGACAUUCACGUGGAAAUUCGCGUCAUGGGAGGGGCUUCUGCAACUCUGCUGAGACUCCGCUUCCUGUAAUCACGUCACUACUACAGCAAGGUCCUGAUUGGUUAAUGUUGCGUGAAAAUCCACCGAAGUUCAGUUCGCAUUUCCCGUGGCAAGUUUACCAAGCCGCAGGUACCGUGCCACAGGAUGCCUAAUCGCGUCUUUGCAUUGACUUAACAUGUAUAUCACAUGCGCUUGCUGCCUCUACCGCGGCUGGUGUAAACGCAGUAUUAUUCUACGUACACACCACACGCAGGGAACUGUAGAUUACUCGCGGGAUUUAACUUCGUGUCAUGCGAAUUUUUCGCUCGAGUUGAAUAUUGUCAACUUGGGCGAACACGCGUUUGAGGCGAAUAGCGUGUGUUUUUGCGGUAAACGCCCCGCUCAUAUCGUGUCAUUCGCAUUGCCCAUAACCCACAGUUAGACGUCAUUCACAUUUUUUCCGUUGUCCAAUCGAAUAAGGAGAGAGGGCGGACCUUUUGUUGGGGUGACAGAAGUUUACAAUAUUUGGUUGAACAUUUUUCAACUCUGGGAAUGAUGAUGGAAAAAAAUGGGGAGAGCUGGCACUGCCGUUUUUGAAAAGCGACGCACUUCCAUUGGAAACAGUUGAAAACAUACGCCAACGUGAACGCCUUGGUCUGCACGCCCCCCUUACAUAUAAAGGCAGUUCUGUCCACCUCGCAUUUAAAACGUGUGAUCAGCCACUUAAUAUGCACCAUUUACGUACAAAAAUGUAUACAUACCUUGUACCUAUUAUUAGGUACUAACAUGCACUCUUUAGGUACAAAGGUAUCCAAUUUGAAAGGGUAGUGAAAUGUGACCUGGGUGUGUUUUAUUUGAGAUUUACUUGAUUUUUGCUGAAUCCCCAUUUUACAUGUGAUCUCAAGUCACUUGACAGAAACUUUCAGGAAGAUCAUCAGUUUUAAUCAGGAGGCAUUCAAUUGUUUGUUAUUUUUAUCAUUUUUAAGUAAAACUCUAUUUGUGUGGGAGGAUAUUUUUCAAUACAAUCCAUAUAUAUUCACUUGUUAUAUUUAUAAGGCGUUUAAUAAUGCUAACACCGUAAAAACAUUUCUAAUAAAGUUGAGAAUGUAUGUGUGUGAAUGUACGGCCAGAUUUGGUCUUAUUUAAUAAAAGUGUUUUUUUAAACCGUU